AUGUCUUCCGCUCAGUUCUUCAACUAUCCCGGCACCGAAACCAAUGCUGAGCAGUACCAUUACUCCCAAGCCGUCAAGCUCGGCAACAUAGUUCGCACUUCAGGCCAGGGCGGCUGGGACGCGAAGGGAGAAAUCACACCCGAUCUCGAGAAGCAGAUCAGCGUCGCUUUCGAGAACGUUCUCAAGGCCCUGAAAGCUGUCGACUCUCGUCUAUCGUUCGACUCCAUUUACGCGAUCCGCUCCUACCACAUCGACAUGGACACAAGUUUCAAUGUUAUGACUGCGCAGUUCAAAAAGUUAUUCCCUAAACACCGUCCUAUAUGGACAUGUAUCCAAAUUGGAAAGCUUGGGCUGGAAGGUAUGCAGGUUGAGAUUGAGGUUGAGGCGGAGCUUCCUGCUUGA